UGCCCCAGCUUCCUGGUCUGUGGUCAGCUGAUCAGAGAGCGCAGGGAGGAUUGGAAAAGCAUCUCUGUAGCAACCAUCCUCAGUUGGAUUUUUUUUUUUUGUAACAUUUCUUUUAGAACGCGAAAUAGAACAUUGUGAGCCUGUAUUUAUUAACGAAGAUAAACUAAGUUUGUUUGGUCGUCUGUAUGCAAGAUUGCGAAUCUAGCAGAAUCUACACAAACUCCAUAUUUGAGUGAACACUACAGAGCCCUCUAACUCAACUCUGGACCUCGAAGCCAGCCAGUUCCGCUGCCUUUUUUUCAUUCUUCCCCUCUAAUCAGGGACUGAUUUAGACCUGGGACACCAGCUGUGUGCAAUUAAUUACAGGAAACCAGCACGCUCUGGACCCUGUAGGGUUAGAGUUGAGUACUUCUGCAAUAGAGUUUAAUGACACCAAAAUGUUGUCUGUAUCGUGUACAGUUCACAGGUUAUCAUGUACAGGUCAUAGGGUCUUACAGGAGGGCAUGUAUAGGUCUAAAAAGGGCCUAAAAAUUUUAAUUUCAUCAUGAUUUUCCCCCCCAAAAUUGUUUGUGAUACAAAUGUUAAAAGCAUGUUAAACAUCCUUCCUCCCAAUUAAGUUCUGAUAAGAGAAUUGCUGGAACAAUGUGAGUGACUACAAAUAUUUUCCCUGGUGUGGAAUCACCCCAAUACAAUCGAGUGUGAAACUUAACAAACACCCUCCUCUACAUCUCGCUCCUCUCAUCCUACUCUUCUUCAUUGAUUUUUGGAUGAACAAAACAUCUUACCUGAAGUAGAUGUUACAGAUUGUGCCUUUUUUAAAGUGCUUCUUUCAAAGCUGCCUACUUGCAUAUCUGCAACCCAGAUUUGCUAGCUUGGCUUUUCUUUCUUCUUCUUUUCUUUUCUGUGCAUCUCUCUCUCUUUACCCCUGCCACUCUCUCCUCUAUUUACCGGAACGUUCCGCUCCUGGCCAUGGAACGUCCCUUUACCAACUGCCCUGCCAGAAGGAGACGCUGAGAAAAGCAACAGUUUCAUUCUGAGCUGGAUUCAAUGAGGGAGCCAGAGCCGGAGGAGCAACCUGAAGACGCCAUCAUGCCUCCCAAAUUCAAACGACACCUCAAUGAUGAAGAGGUCACGGGAUCCAUAUGCAGCGAGAGGAGGAACCUGCUGGAGGAAGACUCUGAUGAAGAGGAUGACUUCUUCCUGAGGGGACCAACUGGACCCAGAUUUGGAGCUGGAAGUGACAAAAUCAGACAAGUGCAGUCGCAGGUUGAUGAGGUCAUCGAUGUGAUGCAGGAGAACAUCUCCAAGGUGAUCGACAGGGGAGAGCGACUUGAGGACCUGCAAGACAAGUCAGAGAGCCUAUCAGACAACGCUUCAGCCUUUAGCACCAGAGCCAAGCAGCUGCACAGGAGGAUGUGGUGGAGAGAUAUGAAGAUGAAGGCCAUCAUAGCUCUGGUGGUGGUCGUUCUGCUACUUAUCAUCAUCAUUCCAGUGAUAUUGCGGUAUCGCUAGUGUCGCCAGGAGGAGGAAGAAUAUCUCCUCAUCUUCCUCCCAUUCUCCUGCACACAGUCCUCCACAUCAGCCAGGGGGCACCACCCAGCCUCCCAGACCCCUGCUGUGCCAGCCUGUGUGGCUCUGGGUAGAAGUUGCUCUUAACUACAGAUCUAGGAUCAGCUCACCCUCUUCCAAUGCUAACCUUUACCGUUAGGUCAGUUUUGUGUUUUCAAUCUUAAGGUCAGUGUCUACUAGAGACCACUUCAUCCUACUCUGUGAGUCCGGGCCAAGGGUGACAUAGGUAGCAUUACGUUGGCGUUACAUAAGGGUUGGGUUUGCACCUUAUUUAGGGAAAAGGUUGUCAUUUGACAUGCUGCCUGUGUCUCAGCCCCCUCAUCAAACUUAAGGAGAACUCUGUUCAAUACAUGAUACAUAUCAGCUAGUCCGGUGGUCACCAAACUUUUCUGAGUCAAGAUCUCUUUUACAGUCAAAAAGCAAGCCGAGAUCUACCAAUUAGAUUUUUUUUACAUUACUUAAAAAAUGUAACAUUAACUCAAUAGUUGUGUAGGAAUGAGGUUCUGGCAGCAGGUCUAAUACAUUAUCACAGCAUAUUGGCUAUAUGCCUGGACUGCCAAUAUUGUUCUUCUCAGACCAUAAUAUUUUUCACAACUUGAGCUUUGAUAACAAAAUAGAUCAGUUGAUGUAGCACUUGCAAGGCACAGCUAGGGCUGUGGCGGUCAUGACAUUUCGUCAGCUGUGAUUGUCAAGAAAAUAACUGUCGGCCUCAUGGUAAUUGAUCGUAAAUUAACAAACACAUUUAACAUCUCCUGACUUCCACACACAGCCUACAAGCCAUUUAAAAUGUCUAAUAAAUCCAUGUAAUAUAGCCUACACCUCCACAAUAAAUGCAUUAUUUAUUUUAGACAGAUCUAAAGAAGCAUGAAAUGAAGAAAUUGUAUUCUAUUUCAGAAUAAAAGAAUAGCAUACUCCUGAUGUGUCUGACAAAUAGCUGUUGGCUACACUAGUUCAUUUAGCAGACAAGAUUUGCUUAUAAUUCCGUGGUGUUAUAUUAUUUUAUAGUAUGAAGAAUUCAAUUUAACAAAACUGAAUAAAAUUAUACAUAUUUUCUCCAAAUGAUUUGAGGGAGUGCGCACAUGCGGCUGUUCUGUGUUGAGCGUUAACAAAGAAAUAGGUACUCCUAUAUGCUUAAUUUAGAGUUAUUAAUGUAACUUGUUCUACAAACAUUGGGCUGGCUUUAUGUUUAGAUUUUUAAUACAUGGUAAGGCCGCAUGAUGCAACUUUAAAUCUCUGCUUUGUUUUUUUGCGCAGGCUGAACACAGUCUCUCAUUCACAAUUUGACAAGCAAUUUGACAAUGCCUAGAAGUUCAUGGCGGCAUCCCCUUUGUGGCCGUAAUGCAUCCUAUAAAAACCCAUGCCUUUUUGCGGCCCGGAGUGCUGCAUUGUGCCCUUCUCCCUGAGUGUGCUGCGCAAUCCGAAACGUCUCUCUCACACGGCUCUGACACACCAGGGACGCAAUUGUGCGCGUCCUUAUCCAAUUACGAAGUGCAUAUUGAAGAUAUUGGAAGAACUGUCCACAUUUACUUUUCAUCAGCCAACAAGAUGAGUAAGUCUAACGAACAGCACUAGCAUAUGUCAAUGUACUAUCCCCCAUAGUACAAAAGCCAACCUAUUCUGUGCGAGAAAUGAAUAUUCCAAACAUAGUCUGGGACAGUUGUGGGAUACGAUAGAUCCCAAUUUAAUAUAACCAAUAGCAUCAAAAAAACUUUUUUAUGCAAUGUGGCUGACGCAACAGAUCAGAACAUAUAGCUUAAAAUGUUAAUAAACUAUUAGGCUAUUUGUUUCACAUUAUAACCGCAGCAAUGCGCACAUGGUAAUA